AUGAACGAUCAAGGAAGCGAAGCGAAUGCGCGGAGUUCACUGGAAGAUUUACUGAAAGCAAUGAACAAAUGGCCGGUGAAAGAUGCGAGUGAACUGGAAGUCGAUCCAUCUGCCGAUCCUGAGCCACUUUCCUCAUCCGAACUUAACGCAUCUCUGCAGACGUUACUGUCGGAGCCAGAUACCAGUGCAUCAGAUGUGGGCUAUUCAAGAAACCCAGUUACUGUUUCCUCAUCAACCAUCACUGAUGAGCAGGUGAGGCCUAGUUUUCAUGCGCUGUUUUGUCUUCAUUGUUCAAUAUGCCUUAAGCGGUUGAAUUUCUUGAGCAUUCAGGCCAGUAGUCAGUCAGACUUGUCGCUUAUGUGCCCAGAUUUCCUGGAAUAA